UAAUUUCCAGCAACCACCUGAUGGGAUCUUUAGGUUCUCGAGUUCUGCUUCUGCUUCUUCGCCAAGUGGUAAGAAAACUAGGAUUUCGAGGAAGAAAUCGGGCAUCACGGGUCGUCGAUUGAAUUUUGGUGCGGAAAAUUAUAAGGCUGAUAAAAGAUCUGGUGGUUCCGAGAAGCAUUUUCUUGCUCAGGAAUGCCCUAAAGAGGAAGAAAAUCCUUUUGAAGAUUCGAUUGCUUCUGCAUUUCAAUCUCCUCUAUUUCCUAACCAUGGUAGUGGGUGCGGAUACGACAGUAAUUUCCAGCAACCACCUGAUUGGAUCUUUAGGUUCUCGAGUUCUGCUUCUGCUUCUUCGCCAAGUGGUAAGAAAACUAGGAUUUCGAGGAAGAAAUCGGGCAUCACGGGUCGCAGAUUGAAUUUUGGUGCGGAAAAUUAUAAGGCUGAUAAAAGAUCUGGUGGUUCCGAGAAGAGUGCAAGGCGCCGAUUGAAUUUUGGUGCGGAAGAUGAUAAAAGAUCUGGUGGUUCCGAGAAGAGUGCAAGGCGAUUUGCUGUUUGCUUGAAGAAGAGGAGAACUGCCAAGAGUGUGCCUUCCAAGUGUGGAUCCCGUUCUUCUAAAGAUAGCUCUUUUUUUGGUUGUGGACUUGGCAAUGGAAUCAUGUAUAUGAUGUCAGCUGGGAAAGCUGAGAUCAGUAAGCUAAGCAAUGCCAUGGAUGAUAAAAGAAGGUUAGCCAAAGUUGCUGCUAGCUCAAAAGAGUUAAGCAGUAAUAAUGAACUAGAGUUUUAUAGAGCAGGUACAGGGCACAAUAAUGACCCCAAAGCUAUCAAAGUUUCUGGGAUCCCAAUGAUUGAUGAUGUUGAAUGCCCAAGUAGUGUUCUUACAGAAGAGCCAGAGCCACAGCUGCUGGAAAUGGAUCAACUGGAAGCAGAGCUUGCAUCUGAACUACAAAAACUUCUAUGGUCCUAUCCUGAAGCUUCUGGUAAUGAAGGAGUUGGACCAAAUAUGGACAAGAAUGAGACUUUUUCUGGUGGGCUUCACAAACUGGAGGGUCAGAGCACUAUUUCUUGCCAAUGCCAUAGAGUAUUGACAUCUGAACUGGAUCGGAAACUGUCUCAUUUGCUCAUCGAACAGCAGAAAAAUCAAAUUGAGGAGCUAGAAUCUGAAUUGCAUUCUGCCCAGUCCAAACUCCAUGAGAAGGAAGCUGAACUCCAGGCACUGAAGGACUGCAUAAAACGCCUGACUGAAUUCUCCCUAUCAACUGUAUCAGAUGAUGAAGCUGUGACAUAUGCUGAGCAAGAGUGCACAAGUGAAUGGGAUAACGAGAGCAACAUGGGUUCUGAGUUAAGGAAAUCGACGGUGGGGAUGAAAAGGUCUAUAGGGACUGCAUAAUUCAGUUGUUAACAUGUUUGAUUUUAGUUUAUUAUACCAUAUGUUAAUGUGAAAUGUGUCUAUAUGAUGUGGGUAGGAAGGUAAGGAUUUUUAUUUUUAACAUGCAAGGACUUUUAUUUUAAUUUUUCUUAUGUCUAUAAUUUAAUGUCUAGAGCUGAGCUCUCUUUUAUCUUUUACUAAAUCGAUUUGACUUUAGCUUGCUUGUAUCAUUUCUAGUUCUAGGACUAACACUUUGUUGAGUGCAAUAACGAAGGCCAUAAAUCAUA